AUGCCGAUACGUAAGAAGGUACCCCUGGCUGUUGUUGGUGGAUCUGACGCUUCAAAGGUAGUGGAACAACUAGGAAUUGAUCUCCAAGACGGUAUUUUACUUCAACGGUUUGACUUCGUCUUUUGUGAAAAUGGUUGUGUUGGUUAUCGGGAAGGCAAAGCCUAUCCUGUCCAGUCAAUAAAAGACUUUUUGGGUGAAGAGCGUCUUCAGGAACUGAUCAACUUUGUCUUACGGCUGUUCUCGGAAAUCGUGCUUCCCGUAAAACGUGGAACUUUCAUCGAAUUUCGCAAUGGCAUGCUGAAUUUCUGUCCCAUCGGACGUAAUUGUUCGAUCGAUGAAAGGUUGGCAUUCGCAGAAUAUGAUAAGGAGCAUAAUGUGCGUGCCAGCGUAGUUGAGAAACUUAAAAAUUUUACCAAGGGAUGGAAUCUUAACAUUUGCAUUGGUGGCCAGAUUAGUAUUGACUGCUUUCCCAAUGGUUGGGACAAGACUUUUUGUUUGCAGUAUUUAUCCGAAUUUGACACUAUACAUUUUUUCGGAGAUAAGACGGACGUGGGAGGAAAUGACCACGAGAUUUUCAUAUCUCCACGUACUAUCGGUCAUAGCGUGACUGACCCGCAUGACACUAAGAAACAGAUUGCAGAGAUUUUGAGAACCUUACCCUAA